AGCGUAAAGUAGCAUUAAAUUUAUUUAUAAGGGUAGACGUGGUUCUGUCUAUAGUAUCUGAACCAUGACAAACCUCACACAAGUCAAGGACGUUGUGACGGGUAGAGCUAGUAGAGUGAGCCCACCCUUGUCUGGAGAAUAUAGACGGCAGUUAACUAAGAGCUCCGGGGCCUCCGCCUUGGAACCAGUAGACGCCAAUGAAGACAAGAAAAAUAUCUUGGACUGUGAAUAUCUUGAAACAGAUCAUGAGGGCCAUUUUAUCGACAAACUGGGCCGGAAAGUGACCCUCAAGGGGAUUAAUGUGGACUCGGGGAUGAAACUCCCCACAAAUCCUUCAAUGCCGUCAUACAAGGGAAACAGUUCUGAUCCCAAUAAUUACUUUUUCGAUGGAGAAAAUGUCACGUUUGUAGGUAGACCAUUCCCCUUGGAAGAAGCCGAGCUGCACUUCCAGAGAAUCAAGUCCUGGGGUUACAAUACCGUGCGGUAUCUUCUUACCUGGGAAGCUAUAGAACAUUCUGGUCCUGAACAAUACGAUGAAGAGUUUAUCGAUUAUACUAUAAAAAUGUUAACGAUCUUGCACAAUGUCGGUGGGUUGUAUGUGUUCUUGGAGGUCCAUCAAGAUGUAUGGUCACGGUAUCUGGGUGGUAGUGGUGCUCCUAUGUGGACAUUCUAUGCUGCUGGCUUGCAGCCAAGACGGUUUGCUGCCACCGAAGCAGCAAUCUUGCACAAUGAGGCUAGAUUCCAAGAUAAGCAUAAUCCAGAACAAUAUCAAAAGAUGUUGUGGACUUCAAAUUAUAAACGAUUGGCAUCGUUGGUAAUGUUUACUCUCUUUUUCGCAGGUGAUACUUAUUUCCCUCGAUACAAGAUUAAUGGCGUAAACAUUCAACAUUACUUGCAAGAUAGAUUCUAUCUGUCUAUGAAACAUUGUUGGGAACGUGUUGUGAAGGGAGUCCCAUCAGAAAUGAUCACCAGUGGAACCCUUCUUGGAUUCGAACUGAUGAACGAACCAAACUGUGGGUUGGUGGGACAUGACCAUUUGGGUAGGAUUCCAGCUGCUCAACAGCUUAGAGUGGGGACCACCCCUACCGUGUACCAGACUUUCAGACUUGGAAUGGGGUUACCGUGCGAUGUAGAUCUGUAUAGAAUUACUAUAUCCGGUCCACAACGGUAUGCAUCCAAAGUCGUUGAUCCCCAGGGUGCCAGAGCUUGGAUGAAUGUUGAAGAAGCGGCAGAGAUCGAUGCAAAGUAUGGAUGGAAACGUUCCAAAUCUUGGGAAAUCGGUACAUGUCUCUUUGCUCAAGCAAAAAUUUGGACUUUUAAACAAGUUGAUUUUGAAAAAUUACCAAAUUUGACAGUUGACGAGAGACUUUUCGUUAGUAGUCGAAACUGUGAGCUUCUUCUCCCCAACUACUUUAACCAGGUAUACCAGAAACAAAAUUUCAAGGACCCUCCAUCUGAUGGCAGGGUUACUAUGGACUACUUUGUCAACCAUCACUUUGUUGACUUCUAUCUUAGACAUAAACAAGUUGUACGUGAAGUACUCCCUAAUGCAUUUGUACUUAUCCAACCUCCAGUUUUGGAAGUCCCACCUAAUUUGAAGGGAGAUCCUCGUGAAGUUAUUGACAAUCGUACAAUUUAUUGUCCACAUUAUUAUGACGGUAUGUCACUUAUGUUCAAGACAUGGAACACUAAAUACAACGUCGAUACAUUGGGAAUUAUGCGUGGCAAAUACCUUAAUCCAAUCCUCGGUAUUGUAUUUGGAGAACGGGCAAUUCGUAACUGUCUCACCAAGCAACUCUUGGAAAUCAAACGCGAAAGUAGUGAGAUGUUGGGAUCCAGGGUACCUGUCCUCAUGUCGGAAACUGGAAUGCCGUAUGAUAUGGAUGAAAAAAAGGCCUACACAACGGGUAAAUACACGUCACAAACUGGAGCGUUGGAUGCAUUGAGUUAUGCCUUGGAAGGACUGCAAUUGAACCAUACCUAUUGGUGCUACAAUAGUGACAAUUGUCACCAAUGGGGAGAUCGUUGGAAUAAUGAAGAUUUCUCUUUCUGGUCUCCGGAAGACCGAAAUGAAGAGGCUGUACAAUGGACCCAAUCUCACAAAAAGGGUGUUCUGCUUAGUAAGUUGAAAGCACAGGUAAAAUCUACUGUAAGAAGUGGAGAGCCUACAAAGUCCAGUACGCCUUCGCUGGGAGAAUCAUAUGAUUCAAAAGCUGAUGAGGAAGAUUCUGAUCAAACUUCAUUACAAUUAUCCUCGUUAAUUUCUUGUAAACCUUCAAAUGUUCAAUACAGACAUAACCAAAAAUGCUACCCAUCACCAGAUGGAGUCCGUGCCGUGAGUGCGGUGGUUAGACCAUUCCUUCUUGCCUCUGCUGGAUCGAUUAAAUCAUCUUUAUUUGACUUGAAAAAUGUCACAUUUUCAUUAACCAUUGCAUUUGAUGAUGUUGAAUCAAAGGAAACCCCAACGAUUAUAUUUGUCCCCAAAUGGCAUUAUCCUUAUUUGGAUUCAGGUGACUUGUGUGUGACGUCUGGUUACGUCAAAUACAACGAACGAUUGGAAUAUAUUGAAUGGCACCACGAUGACGGGUCCUCCGAAACCGCAUCAUUGGUUGCUGGUGAGGAAACACUUACAAUCAAGAACAAUAGUGGCUCGUUGGAAGAUUCCCAUGAAGAUCGUGGAUUGUUCCCCUGUGCUGGUGAGCUCAGCUGUCCAAUAUCAUAAAACAUUGGAACUCCUUGUUUCAAAAAAAAAAAUACUCUACGAACAGUUUGGUUUUUACUUUUGUUUUCUAAUACUUUCUUCUUUGAAUUAUGUUUAUUCUUCUAUUUAUACUUGCAUUAUCACGUACCCAA